UGACCUGCGUGACGCAGUGAAGCCUACAAGUCGGAGCUUGGUUCGCUAUUUCUUUCUCGAUAUCAGUUCAUGAAUCGAAUCGCCGUCGUUUCGCUAGACUUCACAAACACCCUUGCGAGAUUCCGCCACGCUCCAGGCGGUGUAUACGCCAAGGUCGCGCGCGAGUAUGGAGUGGAAUUGGCGAUCGACAGCGUCGAAAAGUCAUUCAGAACGAGUUUCAGACAGCUGAGCUCCGAUCAUCCCAACUCUGGCCGAGAGUCGAUCGGAUGCCGGGAGUUUUGGCACCGAGUGGUGUCUUCAACCCUCACCGGCGCGGGUCUAGACGCUCAUCCAAGAAACGAGAUGUUGCGGAAGAGGAUUUCCAGUCAUCUCUACGAGGCCUUCGCGACCGAAGAAAAUUGGAAAGUGAACGAUAACUGCAAUUCGGUUCUCGAGGAGCUUCUCGCGAGUAACUUGAAACUUAUCGUACUUUCCAACAUGGACGAGAGAUUAGACAGUAUAUUGAAAGCUCUGAAAAUUCGGCAAUAUUUUCACAUUGUGCUCUCGUCAUACGACACUGGAUUUUUAAAACCUGAGCGGGGAAUCUUCGAUUGCGCGCUUUCCAAGAUUGACGAUGCCGGAACGAGAGCUUCAGCGAAAUCAAUCAUUCAUGUGGGCGAUGAUUUUGACUGCGACUACAUCGGUGCGAAAGGGGCGGGCUGGAACGCCUUGUGGUUGAAUGAGAGAGAGGAGUUGAGACAGCUUCCGAAAGAUCACAUCGUGAGAUGUCUCUCCGAAGUUCCGUCGAGCAUACGCUGAGAGAACUUGAAGUUAAGACGAAGGGCUCCGUGACGCAAGGGGUCUGACCUCAGUAGAGGCUUCCAGAGCGGUGAAACGUCUUCCCCCGUUCCAGGAAUGAUUUACCCAGGCUCAAAAUGAGGAAUAAAAUAUCUGUA